AUGGCAUCAGAGGAGCUAGUGAUCACAUCAGUGGAGCUAGUGAUGGCAUUAGUGGAACUAGUGGUGGCUUCAGUGGGACUAGUGAUGGCUGAUGACAACAGUGGAACUAGUGAUGGCAUCAGUGGAACUAGUUUUGGCAUCAAUGGAACUAGUGAUGACAACAGUGGAACUAGUGAUGGCAUCAGUGGAACUAGUGAAGUCAUUAGUGGAACUAGUCGUGGCAUCAGUGGAGCUAGUGGUGGCAUCAGUGGAGCUAGUGACAACAUCAAUGGAACUAGUGGUGGCAUCAUGGUGGCAUUAGUGGGCUUCAGUGAUCGCACUAGAGAGCUAGUGAUAGUCCAGGUGGCAUCAGUGGAGUGGUGGGCAUCAGUUGAACUAGUGAUGGCAUCAGUGUAG